AUGACAUCGGUACCGGGCUAUAUAAUACAACGAGUGAAUCAAGUCUUCCGUUCCAGGUACAAAAAAAAUGCUGCAGGACCUGACAUAGAGGGCUGGUCUCCGCGCGGGAGGCCCGCUGGAAUGCUCAUAAUGCCUUCGGUGCUCGAAGAGGUGGAGGACAAUUCCACGUUCACGGCCCUGGUGGAUUCCGGCGGCAUCACCGUCGUGCCGCCAAGUCCUUCUUCGAAGCCCCUGAAGGGCAUCGGCGACGUACGGGCGCUCCUACAGCAGGGCCGCAAGCAGGAGGUGAAGCAGCUACUGCGGAGCAACUCUUGGCCGGUGAACAGCCCCAUACGGAGGGAUUUGUGGCAGCUGUUGUGCACUCAGCAUCAAAAUGACAAGUCGAAUUUCAUGGACGGGUUCUAUUGGGAGAUGGUCAAUCAAGUAUUCGGGACCACGGAAUUGCCGGACAAAUCAAUCAGUCUACCUCCGUUCGUAGAACCUUCUCAUUGUCAAUCGUACUACAUGACCCAUAAAGGUAGAUGCAUCACCGAUCGUGUAGUGUCUGUGUUGGGAUAUGCCUGUCCCGAUAUUGUUUACAGCCCUAUUAUUUACCCCAUUUGUGCGUUGCUUCUUCAUUUUAUGACUGAAGAGGAAGCGUACCAUUGCAUGGCGAGUUUAGUGGCAUCGAAAGAAAAGGUAUUCAUCACGCAAACGAAACUUCUGUACGAGGUAACCUGGAAGACUGUCAUGCAGAUUUGCAAGAAACAUGUGAAAUCGGCCGCCGUUCACAUCCAAAGGCACUGUUCGACGAAUCGCUCGGAACGAUUGUACAUGGACUGGAUCUGGUGGAUAUUCCAAGGGCUGCCCUUCCAGCACCUGGUGCGCGUGAUGGACUGCUUCUUCCACGAAGGCGUUAAAGUAUUAUACAGGACGGCGAUGGCCGUGCUGGUCCUCUUCUACAAGUGCUCGUCGCCGUCGUCGUCCGAAUGGCUGGCGGAGAUCCAGAAGAACGGCGUCGACAGCGCCCUCACCAAGUUCUGCAAGGAGAUGCCGGUGGUGCCGCAGAAGGUGCUGAAGGUGGCCUUCGGCAUCCGGGGGCUGAGCUCCUCGUAUAUAUCGAGGGUAUUUUUGAAGACUGAAAUGAUUUUAAGGAGCAAGAACGUGAUGAACGGCUCCAGGCAGUUGGUGAGGUCGAGGAGCAGCGAGAAUUUGCCGAAUAGCCAGAGCCAGAACAACAUACAGAUGGUGUCGCAUACGCUCACCAUCAGAGAAGGAGCCCAUUCGCCAGGUCCCCGUACCCUAUCCAUGGGAGUAUAUCCCGUGCAGAACGUUAACUCGGUUAUACUCGAUCAACAGGAUUUACUGACCCUUUGGUCGUGGUUGCCGGUGAGAAUCACGAUGUACCAACCGAUCCUCCUCUACACCACCGAAGAGCACGGUUGCUCGUUGACGACCUUCUACGUCCGGGUGGAACAGCACGAGCCCACAUUGCUCAUGAUCAAGACGUGCAACAACGAGGUGUUCGGUGCGUACUGUUCGUCGCGAUGGGGCGAGAGGAAUAUAAAAGACGACAGGGGUAAUAGGCAGGCGUAUUUCGGAACGGGGGAGACCUUCCUGUUUUCGCUGUACCCCGAACGGGCCAAGUAUCCCUGGGUGGGCAUGGAAGGCGAUAAAGUCCAGCACGGGGCCGAGCUGUUUAUGGCGGCCGAUUCCAAGAUGAUCACCAUCGGUGGCGGCGAGGGCCAGGCGAUUUGGAUGGACGAGAACAUCAGGUACGGCAAAACGGACAAAUGCGCGACGUUCAACAAUCCGCCGUUAGUGCCGGGCGGCGAUUUCGAGAUUCGAGUACUGGAAGUGUACGGUUUCGCCACGGAUCAACUUAGCUAGACAACGAUUCCCAUCGAAGAUUAGGCGGAUAGCCGAUGAUGGUAGAAAACAAAACGAAACACUAGGUUUAAAACACAUAAAAUAUGUUAGUUAAUGUAAUAUUUGUAUGUCGAAAGCCUGUCUUCUAAUUCGUAAACGUGUUAGGUGUUAUGAAAUGUAUGUUGUGGCUUACAUUUCCUGUAUUUUCUUCUGUCGAAGAGAGGUGAACAAUAUUCAUCUGCAUUCCACCAAAUGCUUGAAAAUGAUUGUUGCUUUUAUUAACGUUGUUUGGGGGUCGAUUGAAAUAUUGCAACUUGGAUAUUUGCGAGAAGCGACUGGGGUAGUUCAUACGUACUAAUUCGUCUCGAAAAAUAUUCGCGUAUUUUGCCGUCGUUUCCGCAAAUAUCUAUUAAUUGGAGAAAUCGCACUUCCAGAAUUUUUUGUUAGAUGAAUGUUUGAACAAAUGUAAUAAUCCGGAGGAUAUUAUCGCUGUACCGUUGCUCUUCAGUACACCGAUUACAAGUACUACGUCUAGUCGUAUUAGAACACAUUUUAGACUUUUAAGUUUUUAAGAUUGUCGUAACUCGUUUUUUUUCUUGUACAUUUUAAUUGAGGUACUCCGUGGUACUACAGACGUGCGUUGAAAAUGAUGCCGGUUUGAUUUUUUGAUGCAAAAUUACACUGUUAUUUUUAGAAUGAAAUUUGAUCUGCGUGUUUAAAUGAAAUCUUUCGUAAAUUAUUAUUUUACCUAAAAGCAUUCCAUAUGUUUUUUAUCUUGUUGCGUUGUUAUUUUUACGGAGCAUUAUUUAUAUUUUGUUUGUAGUACGACGGGUUACUAUUUUUUUUUUUGUAAAUAUAAUCAAUAGUUAUAUAUUUUGUUCAUAGAUUCGCUAGAAAUAUUUUUAUUUUUUUUUUUGAAAUUUUGAAAAAUUUCGAGCACUUUUUUUAUUAUCGCUGCUAACUUUUAAUGUAUUAUAUGAGUAUAUAUUGUGUAUAUUAUCUUAGCUUUAGACACGUUAUAUGGUUUUAUUUUAUUGGAAUUUUUCAAAAUUUCCACCAUGUUAUUAUUUAUGAAAGGUUUUACUUUUUUUAUAACGUCGAAGAGGAAGAUUUAUCCACUGCGCGCGGGACGAGUCAAUUCAAGUUUAUUCUGCAAAAAAUUUCCAACAGUAUUUUCGCGAGUCCUGCGCGUAUGCAAAAAAUUGACAUUGCGUUCGUGCCAAAAAUUUUACAACUCAUUUGCGGCAUAGAAAGUAUUUUUUUGUACAAAUCUUCACGAAGUAUUAUGAGUAUUUUUUUUUGUUUGUUGUAUUUUAUCGACUGAGGAAAUUUCUAAUGCGAAAAUGAGUCUUAUGGUGAAUGUGUUCUACGAAUUAGAUAUCUGAGAUAAAAAAAAAAUAGUUGAAGUAGGUAGAUCAACGGGGUUUCGCUAGAAAUCCCGCUAUCUAGAAUCGUAGACGAAAAAUAUUAACCUGGUUGCUCAUUUUUUAUCAAGGCAUAUCACGUUAUUUUUAUUUUUGUAACAUCACAUUUUUCAUUCAUUCGAAUUCUAGUCUUUUGCAACCGGUAAUUUGUUCUAUAAACCUUUGGGAGGUAUUCCUAAAUGAAAUUUUUCGAUCAAAAAGUGCAGUAUCAGAACUCAUGAUGGUUUAAACAUGCCGAAGAGUACCAAUUAGAACCACUUUACAUAAAUUUUACGCAUUUGAACCGUCGUGUUUUUUGAAUCAUGAAAAGUAUUAUAUUAUCUUUGCAAAUUGGUAUAUAUUUAAGAAAAUAUGAUUGUUAAGUUUGUUGAAAAAUUGGUUAUUUUUAAAAGAUGUUUGUUGAUUGCGUUCGAGUAUGGCGAGUAUGAAGAUUUUUAUUCUAUUUAAAACGCGCGUUAUCUAUAGAAGAAAAUGUGAGUACAAAAAAUUAUACAUAUUUCAGGAAAGUAUUUAGCGUGUUUAGAAAUUAACGUUAAUGGAAAGGAUUUGUAGCACUCAUUUCGUAUAUAUCGCAAGCUUUAAUGACGUACAAAAAUUCGUACUUUAAUGAACUCAUUGAAAAUGUAUCCUGUUCUAAUUUUAGUUCAUAUAUUAAUUUAUAAACAGGCUCCGUUACUAGAGAAUCGCCAUUUAUUAUUUAUUAUUCUCCGUAACUUUAUCGAAUAUACAAGGUGAGUGAGCAAUUCUUCGACUUGUGCAAUGAAAUUGAGCAAGUUCCUUUUUGUUUUAUUGAGCAGUGUUUAGAAUGUGAUCGUUGUAAAAGAGUUUAUAUUGAAUAGAUUAGAAAACUAUAGGAAUUUAAAAGCUCAAUAGUUGAUCUAAAACUGAGACCAGUGGAAAGUGAAUAUUGCAUUUGUACUAUUUACCAAUAUUCAUGAAACUCUUGAAAAGAAAAUUGUUUGUAGUCGUUUCGAUAUAAACUCGAUAUAUUAAAUGUUGCAAAAAGAAAUCGUUGUUAAGGAAAUUAUAAAUUCUUUUUAUAUACAUCAACGAUGUUUCACGCCUAGCGUUGCUUGUAAAUCGUUUCUCAAAGCUUAUUAUUGUACGUAUUACUAUAUGUAUAGCAUUAUCAGUUUUAUAGUAAGAGUAGUUGUUAUGAAUGAUAUUUAAUACGUCGACGGAGGACAUAUUGAGUGGAAAAAAUCGCACAAACCGCAAAAUGUUCAUUCACGACAGGCUGUUCUACUGUACAAAUUAAUGUUAUUUACCGGGAAAAACCCGUAGAAAAUGAACGUGCGUUUGGCAACUUGCAAUAUGUUCUCUACGCUAACCUCAUUGAUGUUUAAAUUUCGUUUUUUUUUUCGUUGUCAAAGUUAAUAAGCAAUAACUCAUGUGAUAUUUCGGCCGAGAUUAAGACGCCUCGGGCGAUCGGGAAGCUUCCCCAUUGCCCGAUUGUUUUGAUCUUGGACGGAAAGAGUUAAAAGAAAAAAAGUGAUUUUAUUUAAAGUUCGAUCAUUCUGACUGUUUUACUUGUAGUUACCGGUCUUGUUCUUUGUACUGAUGUAUUUAAUGUAUUAUUAGUAUUCACGUUAGUCUUAUCCAAUCUCAUAAAUGUCUUGAUAUUAACCAUCGUUUUAUUUAUCGCGUCCUCCCUCGUUCGGAGUCCUAAAGGAAUGUAAUAAAGGAUCGGAAUAACUUG